AACACCCAUGUUGAAAUUCCUCGUCAGUCCUCUAGACAGGGAAAUCAAAGAAAGAUCCCAAAUUGAGCAUGAUUUUGAGGCAGCAAAAACAGCUGAAGAAAUGCUUGAAUCUUUCAAAGAAAUGGAGGCAAAAUUUGAUGAGAGUGAUCUUAGAUUAGCUUGCUUAAAAAUUGGUUUAAAACUUGACCAAGAAGGUGAGGAACCUGAAAAGAUUCUAUCUUUUGCUUCUAGAGCUUUGGCUGUUUUAGAUUGUGAUAAUAAAAAUUCUUUACCUGUUGCUAUGACUUUACAGCUUGGUUCUACUAAUUUUAGCUUAAAUAAGUUUAAUGAUGGUUUAGGGUAUCUUAAUAGGGCUAAUAAGAUAUUGGGUAAGUUAGAGGUAAGUAGAGGAAGAGGGUAAAUUUGUGCUGAGGAUAUAAAACCUAUUCUUCAUGCUGUGCUUGAGUUAGCUAGUACUAAGAGUGCUAUGGGUAGGAGAAAGGAGGGUUUGGAGAAUUUGAGGAAGUCAGUGGAGAUUAAGGAGUUUUUGUUUGGUGAAGAUAGGAAAGAAGUUGGUAAUGCCUAUAGGGACUUGGCGGAAUCGUGUGUUGCGAUUUUGAAUUUUGUGGAAGGCUUGCCGUAUUGUUUUAAAGCGUUGGAGAUACACACAAAAGUUUUGGGGGAUAACCUGGUGGAGGUUGCUCAUGAUAGACGGCUCCUUGGGGUCAUUUAUACUGGGAUGGAGGAGCAUGAGAAGGCAUUAGGGGGAUGCCAGGAUCAGUUAGCUCAGAGAGUGUUGAAGAAUUGGGGUCGUAGCUCUGAUUUGCUUCGUGCUGAGAUUGAUGCUGCUAAUAUGCAUAUUGCUCUUGGGAAGUUCGAAGCUGCUAUAAACACCUUGAAGGGUGUUGUUCAGCAGACAGAAAAGGAUAGUGAGAAUAGGGCUCUCAUUUUCAUUACAAUGGCAAAAGCCUUGGUUAGUCAAGAGAAUUUUCCUGAUGCAAAGAGGUGUCUAGAGGUUGCUUCUGGCAUACUUGAUAAAAAGGAGAAGUUGAAGCCGUUAGAAGUUUCCGAGGCUUAUAUGGAGAUAUCUAUGCAAUAUGAGACAAUGAAUGAAUUUGAAAUUGCAAUCUCAUUGCUGAAGAGAGCACACGCUUUGCUCGAGAAGCUGCCUCAAGAGCAGCAUUCUGAAGGAAGUAUUUCUGCUAGGAUUGGGUGGUUACUAUUACUGACGGGUAAGGUUACUCAGGCUAUUCCUUACCUGGAGAGUGAUGCUGAAACUUUGAAAGAGAGCUUUGGUUCAAAGCAUUUUGGAGUUGGUUAUAUCUACAACAACUUGGGAGCAGCUUAUUUGGAGUUGGAAAGAGCGCAGUCAGCAGCACAGAUGUUUGCUGUUGCAAAGGAUAUCAUGGAUGUCUCACUUGGCCCUCAUCAUAAUGAUUCCAUCGUGGCAUGUCAAAACCUCUCAAAAGCAUAUGCUGCCAUGGGAAGUUACGCCCUUGCGAUAGAAUUUCAGCAAAAAGCAGUUGAUGCUUGGGGGGGUCAUGGGCGAAAUGCAGAAGAUGAGCUUAGAGAAGCAUGCAGAAUUCUGGAGCAGCGAAAGAUGAAAGCGCUUGGCGAGUCUUCAUCCAAAGUGUUACGGACAAAGGCCUUGCCCUUGCCUCACAGUAGCAAUCCUACCAGGAGCUUGCAGCCUAAACAUUCACCAAGUACUCCUAAGAGACAAUGAGCUCCUUUGCUGGCUCCACAAUGCAUUCCUUCGAUGGAUUAAUAAUGAAGGCAGCACUCGUUCGUGCUUCGCUGGCGUUUGUUACUCUGUGCACUGUAGCUUUCAGCUUCCCGUUGCUAACAACCUGCAUCAAGGUAUAAUGACUGGAGCUGGCAAUUUCUGACACAACGCGGCUAUAAAUUGUAACUCUAGUAAUGAUAUUACCUCUAGUUGAUUGACGACGAAGAUCAAAAUUGCAUCAGGAACAGUACCAAAAGUCCAAAACUCAACCAUUGCUCCUCCUUGAAGAGUUCAAGUCCAGGAACUUCGACUGGCACGGCUUGAAGUAUGGCUAUAAGGUUGGGAUCUGUAUGCUUAGUUAAUCCGAGAGUUAAAAUUGGAUUAGGGGAUGGUGGGUAGUGAUUAACGGUCAAGAUGUUAUCUUCACUUAGCUCACAUGCAAACUAAUCCAAAAUCUUGGAUAGCCUUCAUCA